CAUCCAAAAUUGAAACUCACAAGCUUUUUCUAAAUCAAAAUGUCGAGGGCUACAGUGGAGCUCGACUUCUUCCGCAUGGAGAAGGAUUCCUCUGCCAAGUCUCCGUUCCAGAAAUUCCUUCAUCGCCGACGAAGUUUCCGAGGCAUUCAAGGUGCGAUCUCGAAGAUCAAUCCGGAUAUUGUGAAAUCUCUUAUUGCUUCUGGUGGACUUCCGCAGAACCGUGAUAAUGGAAAUCUCCAUGAUUUCUCUAACUACUCGUUUUCCGUUCCGUCCACUCCGAGGAAAGAUCCGUCUCCCUUUCCAGAGUUAUCUGUCUAUUCUCCGUUUGCAAGGCAUGCUUCUGUGAUAGCUACUGAAACAGCUCCUAUGACAAUUUUUUAUAAUGGAGUCGUCAAAGUUUUCGACGUUCCUCGAGAUAAGGCGGAGUGCAUUUUCAAGUUAGCUGCUGAAGGAUGCGGAAAAAAAGCUGAACCUGCAGAGAAUACGGAAACUGCAUUUCCUUCAACUAAUGAAGAAACGUUGUUAGAGAGUCUUAAUGGAGGUUUGUUCAUUGCAUCUUCCAUCUUCAUUUAUGUUUAAUUCAUUAAUGUUGCC